AUGUUCCAUAGCUCCGGAUCUAUCUCUUGGUUUGCAAACUCAUUUACUGUUACAGAUUUUGGUAUUUCCUUUUGUGAAAUGUCACCACCAGCAGCAGCAACAGGCGAUGGUGUCAGCCACUUCGUGUGCGUUACUCGGUAUAUUUUUUCUGGCCUUCUGAUAUGCAUGGCUGACACAAUUGCUGGCUCCUGGAAGAAAUUCCUGAAUGGUGCAUGCAGUAUGGCAGAAUCCAGCAAACAGACUGAGGACUUGAAUUCUUUUGAAAUUUCUGAGAUGGCUAAAGGCAAAAAAAUAUCAAGCAACAACACCAAACCUGGAUCCACCAUCCCCACUAUUGGUAUCACUUCUACCAUUACUAUGUCGUCAUCAUCAACAACCAGGUUAGAGUCAGUGCUAGAGACAGCCGCAGUGCAAGACCCAACCACCAAUCAUGGACAAUUACUGUCUUCUUCAUCUUCACCUUCUGCUGCAAGUACUGUCACAAUUUCCCUAGCUCAUACUACUGCUUCCCUUAAUAAUAACAAUAACAGCAGUGGUAGUAGUGAGAGCAGCAGUAGCAACACCACCACCACCACAAACACCACCACUAUGUCAACUACCCCAACCCCUACCACAAUAGCUGCACCCUCAACACAUCCACCAUUCAACCAUCAAAAUUCAUUGCCUGCCUCAUUGCACUCACCCCAGAAUCAUGCAUUUCCCAUGUCACCCCAGCCCAUGUCGCCUGACCCUGUUCAUGACUUACCUGUUGAAUUGCUCCAGGCUGGAUGGCGAAAAUUCUGGAGCAAACGGGAAAAUCGUCCGUACUUUUUUAAUAAGAUCACUAAUGAGUCUCUAUGGGAGAUGCCACUUUCUGGACAGCCAGAUCCAUUGACUGAUCCUUUGGGGAUAAGCAACCCAUCCUCUAGUGGAAUGUUUUCCCCCAGCAGCCAAGUACAUUUAGGGCGGUCAGUGAGCACAGACACAGGGCUCCCACAACAUGCUCCUCCCUUGCAGCCACAUGUUGGAGAAAAGAGGAGAGCCAGCUCAGAAAUGGUUGCUAGUCCUUCAAAGCGAAUAUCUUUCACUUACCGUCCAUUUUGGAACUUUGACAUCACCUCCAAUGUGGUCAUCUAUGAACGAGCUCCAUGUUCACUGCCUCCUGUUCUACCUGAAGUUGAACUCCAACGUGCUCAGCUUGUCAACAAACUGAGGUUACAUUAUCAGGAACUUUGUAGCACACGAGAAGGAAUUGAUGCUCCAACUGAAUCCUUUAAUCGUUGGUUAAUGGAAAGGAAAGUGCGUGACCAAGGACAUGAUCCAAUGUUACCAAGCAAUUGUGUCCCAGAAGUGUCACAGUCAAUGUAUCGAGAGAUUAUGAAUGAUAUCCCAGUCAAGCUGCAUGACCCCAUAUAUUCUGGGGACGUCAAAAUACAACUUUCUAAAUAUGCUGAAGCAGCCAAAAAGAUGAUUGAAUUCAAAAAUGCCACUUCUGACAGUAGAAAAGUUGUUAAAUGGAAUGUUGAAGACAUGUUUGCCUGGCUUCGUAAGCCGCACAGUGCCACUUUUGAAGAAUAUCUGGAACGUCUCGCCCACCUGAAGCGUCAAUGUCAACCACACCUCACAGAAGCAGCCAAGACCUCAGUGGAAGGUAUCUGCAUCAAAGUUUACAAAUUGUCGUGUGAUAUAGUUAAGAAGCUACACGAGAAACACUGGGAAUUAUUGAAGGAACAUGGCAUUCAAGAAGUACCCACUCCUGCAAGUCCUAUUAAGCGCAAAGUCAUGUGUUAUCCUGUUGUAAUGAAAGUACCUGCUCCUCGAUUAGCCCAAGUUGAGGUUCAUACAGAUAAUGAUGUGACAGUUUUGAGAUACAACAAUGAGAAACAGAAGAUCAGCACAUCACACUUUCACAAACUGGAACAACUUUACAGUUUAAACUGUCGAGAUGACCCAAAAUUUGAAAACUUCUUGGCCAGAGUUUGGUGCUUGUUGUGUAGAUAUGAAACAUUUUUGGGGAUCAAGUUUAAAGAAGGUUUUAGCAUGCAGGUAGCCCUUCCCAUUUCUGUCUUCCAAUGCUUGAACCGAAUAUUUGGAGUGACAUUUGAAUGCUUUGCCUCUCCUUUAAAUUGUUAUUUCCAACAAUACUGCUCAGCAUUUGCAGAUACAGAUUGCUACUUUGGCUCACGUGGCUCUAUUCUUCAAUUCCAUCCACUUAGUGGUUCUUUUGAAGCUAACCCUCCUUUCUGUGAAGAACUCAUGGAAGUGAUGAUUGAUCAUUUUGAGCAUUUGUUAUCAGAAGCAACAGAACCACUUUCCUUCAUUAUUUUUGUGCCAGAGUUUAAAGAUCCUCCCACAGAAUUUCUGAUUAGAUUAGAGACCAGCAAGUUUACUCAAAAGACAAUCGUCCUUCCAGCCAAGCAGCAUGAAUAUAGAAAUGGUUUUCAACAUAUUUGUUCCAAGGGUGACAUGAAUAUGAAGGCAGCCCAUGGAACAGUUGUGGUAUUUUUGCAGAAUGCUGCUGGUACAGCUUGUUGGGGGCCUACCCCAGAACGUGUGAACGAACUUAAACAGGCAGCUGCUGUGACUCCUGCAUCUUAG